AUGUGCCUCUUCUCAGCCAAGCUGACAGGCAGCCUCCCUAGCCAUUGCGACUGCACAGACCUCGAAGCUUGGAGCGAGUUUGACGGCACUGAGGAGGACCACGGAGUCAGCUACAACGACACCGUCGAGGCCCAGCCGCCCGGUGUUCUCAAAAUGGUCGAUUACCUGACACAAGCGGACCGUCAGCUGUACAACGCUUCGGUGGAGCGCUUCAUUGAAGACAUCAAGGACGUCGAGGGCACUUUCGGCGUGAAGGUGCUGUGCAGUGAGCAGGAAGCGUCGCUGCGUCAGAAGAUGGCUGUCUGA